GUUUAUAGUAAUUAAUUGUCAGGUUAUCCUAUCGGAUUAAUAUAGAUAGAAAAGAAAAAAAAUAACGUUGAUGUAAACAAUAUUUAACUGGCCCAGAACGGAAAUUGGUCCGUCCUUGAACAUGUUUCCCCCGGAGUCACGGACAUUGACAGUCCGGAAUAUCUUCUUUUUGUUGUGUGUUGAAUUUCUAAGGGCAGUAGGGAGCGACGUAUACGGCUGGCAGCCCUGCCAAGAUGCCUGGAUCCGUCCCAGCUAACGGGGAAGCCAGCUGGCCCAAAGAUGUGGGCAUCGUAGCCAUGGAGAUAUACUUUCCCUCCCAGUACGUUGACCAGGCAGAGCUGGAGCAGUUCGACGGUGUAGAUGCAGGCAAGUACACCAUCGGUCUAGGCCAGGCCAAGAUGGGCUUCUGUUCAGACCGAGAAGACAUCAACUCACUGUGCCUGACCGUGGUCCAGAGGCUAAUGGAGAGGAACUGCCUGUCCUACGAAAGCAUAGGGAGGCUGGAGGUGGGCACUGAGACCAUCAUUGACAAGUCCAAGUCUGUGAAGACAGUCCUCAUGCAGCUGUUUGAGGAGUCAGGCAACACAGAUGUGGAAGGCAUUGACACGACCAACGCCUGCUAUGGGGGAACAGCAGCUCUCUUCAACGCAGUCAACUGGGUAGAGUCCAGCUCCUGGGAUGGACGGUAUGCACUAGUUGUUGCAGGAGACAUUGCUGUCUACGCUACUGGAAGUGCUAGGCCAACAGGGGGUGCUGGUGCUGUAGCCAUGCUUGUUGGUCCCAAUGCUCCUUUAGUUUUUGACAGAGGGCUGCGCGGAACACACAUGCAGCAUGCCUAUGAUUUCUACAAGCCUGAUAUGGUGUCCGAAUAUCCAGUUGUUGAUGGAAAGUUGUCCAUUCAGUGUUACCUCAGUGCAUUAGACCGGUGUUAUACUGUGUUUCGCAACAAAAUCCAUGCACAAUGGCAGAAAGAGGGCAGUAACAAGCGCUUCAGCCUGGAGGAUUUCGGUUUCAUGAUCUUUCACUCACCCUAUUGCAAGUUGGUGCAGAAAUCACUGGCCCGUCUAGUGCUGAAUGACUUCCUCAACCACCCCAGCCCCAACACAGAGAGUGGGAUCUUCAGCGGCCUGGAAGCCUUUAGGGAUAUGAAACCAGAAGACACUUAUUUCGAUCGAGAUGUGGAAAAGGCCUUCAUGAAGGCUAGUGCAGAACUGUAUAACCAGAAAACCAAGGCGUCUCUGCUUGUUUCAAACCAGAAUGGCAAUAUGUACACACCGUCUGUGUAUGGCUGCCUUGCCUCUGUCCUUGCACAGAACAGCCCACAGCAGUUGGCAGGAGAGAGGAUUGGUAUUUUCUCUUAUGGGUCUGGCUUUGCUGCCACAUUGUACUCUAUUCGAGUGACACAAGAUGCUACUCCUGGCUCCUUGUUGGAUAAGCUUACUGCCAGCCUAUGUGACCUCAAGUCCCGUCUUGACUCAAGGAGGAGAGUAGCACCAGAGCUCUUUGCUGAGAAUAUGAAACUUAGACAAGAGACUCACCACCUAGCAAACUACAUCCCUCAGGGCUCAGUGGAUGAUUUGUUCCCUGGAACAUGGUUCCUAACACGAGUGGAUGAGAAGCACCGGCGGCAGUAUGCGAGACGGCCCCUGAAUGAGAAUGGACCUCUGGAAGCUGGAUUCGUUCAGUCCACUGCUACAGAGCACAUACCCAGUCCUGCUAAGAAAGUUCCAAGGAUUCCUUCCACCACUAAUGGGUCAGAAACCAUUGCCAUUAGCAAUGGAGAGCACUGAGUUACCUCUGUGAGGUGAAGAACUGAUGGCUCACAAGGGGGAAAAUACUAAACAGACAGCCCUUUCCUUAAUCCCUUAUGCUAAAUUAAGCAUCUGCACAACAAUUUAUUAUUUAAUCAGCAUAUGCAGGAAUUAUCUUGUGCUGCCUUGUCCAUGCCGAGAUUUUGCUACAAACUUUGGAACACUUAACACAUGAGCUCAUCAGGGUAUGGGACAACUGAUGUUACGCUAUGUAAAAAUAUACUCAUAUUCGCAUGUACAGGCUGUGUUCAAAGACUUGUAUAACAGUUUGUGUUUUUUUGUGUUUUUUUAUCAAAUGCUGCUAUAGUACACAUGCAUAUCAUUUUGUGCUAUCCAGUUGUGUUAAAAUCUAAACAGUAGAUUGUCCCACCACCACAAGCACCAGCAAUGUUUGUGCAUAUUUUUUAGCCUAGCAUCUCGGAGGGCUUUGUAGGGUCUCAUGUUUUAGUUUUUUGUUCUUGUACUGUUUGCAUAGAGUCCACUUUACAUUUGCAAAUGUCUAAUCUGAAAAGUCAUGUGUAACUGCCCAAGUUAUUUAUUGAUGGAUAGAUAGAAUCAGUUGUAUAAUGUGGUAAUGAACAUUCUUCAGUGGUUUGCUCAAAAGGGAUGGUCUAAAACUGAGUGGCCUUUUUCCAUUCAGCAUAAUUUUGAGUUCCAGCCUGAGGAGAAAGGGAUUGGUUGAUGUACAAUUGUAAAAUAAAGACAAAUUGCAGCUCAUUCUAUAAUAGGAAUGUGUUUUUCUUAUAAGUAACUGUUUAUUACAUUUAUUUGAAAAGGUACACUGCCCUUUCUUGGGCUGUACUCAAAAGUACAAACUGCAGACCACUUUAGUCCCUCCAAAUGCAUGCUUCUUUUUGUUAUUUAACUGGGCUGGCUAUUUAAUCCGAUAAGGUAGUGAGAACAAUGCUCUGCUACCCUGUAUUGAUGACUUCUGUCAGUUUUUGCAAAGGCAGAUUCCGAUUCUAUCUACACAAGGUCUUGAUUCAGCUAUGCAACUGUGAUAUAACAAUUAUUGGAUACUUUAGGCAUCAGUACGCUUUUCCAUUUCACUCCUACCAAAGCAGUGUGAUAUACACCUUUUACAAAGGCCUUACUUACCAAAAUGGUGUUGUAGCUGGUACACUGGUGUUGGUGUUUUGGUACACUGUUUGGAUAGCCCUGUUUGUUUGGAAUAUAAAAAGACACUACUGUAUUUCCAAAGCUUGUAGUGACAUUUCAAAGCAGUGUAUGAACCAGUCAAAUAUCCUGUUUAUUUGCUUUCCCUUGGGUUUGUCUCUUCAGUCUUCAAAUUAUUGAUCGGUGCAAAUUGACAUUUAUACCAAUCUGGUUUUAAAGCAAGAACAUUUUUACAUGCACUGUAACUCUAAGGAGGGUUGACAGUCAGGCAUGUUUUGUCAGCAUUAGAAUUUGCUCAAGUUUCAAUAUGGGUCUUAUUGUAAGCAUGUAAGAAAUGUAAACAAAAAUAAUCUCAAUAAUGUACAGAUUCAUGUUUUUUUUUUUUUUAAUUUUAAAGUUGCAAACUAAUGUGUAUUAUUAAUGUUUAUUUGUUUUGUUUCAGGUUAAAUAUUGUGUAGUGAAUCAGUGUCUGAUCACUAUUGUUGAAUUUGUCAAUAGUGCAUAAAUUAAUAUAGAAAAAUGAAUUCUAAUUAUAUGAAUGUAGUGUAUAUAAGGCUGACUAGAGAAACUUGAAAUAUGAACUUGAAUACUUUGUGAGAGUAAAAAUGCUACAUACAUUUCAAA